AUGACGACGAUAUUAAGAGUCAAAAGACGUAAUUCAGAUGAACCACUGGAUGCCUUGAUAAUAGCUUGUAAGAAAAGAAAAGUUGAUGCUGAAGCUGCUGAAGUUGCGGAUCCUAAAGAGCCUUUGAAAACUGUUGUAAAAUUUGCUGGCACUGUGCAAAAUCAGGAAGUAAAUGCUGCGAAAGAAAUCGCAAAGACACUCACAACUAGUCAGCUCAAAGCUAAUUACAAACAGCACUCAGUUGACGUUUUGAAUAAAACCCGGACACAAAAACAAGAGGAUUCGCGAGAAAAUCGUUACAAAUUUGUUAAUUGCUUCCGGGAAAUAGAGUCAUCAGAUACAGAUGGAAAAGAUAAUGAUCUCAGUAUGACUCUUAUAGAUGUCGAAGAUUCUGUUUCUUGCACUAAAAAAGCUGAGGGUACAGAUCUUCCGGAUUGUACGGAGUUUGUUUUCGAUGUAUAUUGUAUCAUGGAAAAUUCAAUAAAAUUAUUAGAUGAUUCCUUUACGAUUGAACCGUACAAUGAUGAGAUGGUGUUUGAUGAAAAGUACCGAGAAAAUGGUGAAUUCUCGGAGGACGAUUCGGAGGAUUCCAACUGCGAAUCUAAUUGGAAAAACGACUAUCCUGACUCAGAUGAUUACCACUCAGAAGGUUCAAUCGGUGUUGAAGAUAUGGAACAAGCUGUAAGUAGAAUGUGGUUGCAUGAUGGACAAUCUGAUCUGUCCGACGAUGAAUAUGAUAAUUAUAUUUACCAUUUGGACAAUUCAAAGUACACCGUUGAUGACAGUGAUAUUGAGCACUAUGGACUCGCGUAUGCUCAAUUUAAAGCCAAGUUGAAGAACAAAAAAAAUGAUGAUGAUGAUGACGAUGAAGAAAGUGAUGAUGAUGACUGUGACAAUGAUAGUGAUGACAGUAAUUAUAGUGGUGUAUUAAUAUCAGAAAUUCACAGUGAUGAAGAAGGCCAUGAUGAUAAUGAUUAA